AUGUCUGGCAGCGGGGCACGAGAGGCCGUCUUCGCGACGCGGCAGUCGCUGGGUCUGAUGAAGAGCAAGCUCAAGGGCGCUCAGACCGGCCACGACCUGCUGAAGCGAAAGAGUGAAGCCCUCACCAAGCGUUUCCGAGAAAUAACGCGCCGUAUCGAUGAGGCGAAGCGCAAGAUGGGCCGUGUCAUGCAGGUUGCUGCUUUCUCCCUCGCCGAAGUCACCUACGCCGUCGGCGGCGACAUUGGCUACCAGAUCCAGGAGUCCGCAAAGCAAGCCCGCUUCCGUGUGCGGACAAAACAAGAGAACGUCUCUGGUGUCUUCCUCCCUCAGUUCGAAAGCUUUACCGUCGAGCAGAACAACGACUUUGCCCUGACAGGUCUGGGCAAGGGUGGUCAGCAAGUACAAAGAUGCAGAGAGACGUAUGCAAGGGCGGUGGAGACACUGGUGGAACUGGCUAGUCUGCAGACUGCCUUUGUUAUAUUGGACGAGGUCAUCAAAGUGGUCAACCGCCGUGUAAAUGCCAUUGAGCACGUCAUUAUCCCCCGCACCGAGAACACUAUCAAGUACAUCAACUCUGAGCUCGACGAGCUAGACCGAGAAGAGUUUUACCGCCUGAAGAAAGUGUCCAACAAGAAGCAGAAAGACGCUGCCGAGGAAGAAGCGGCAAGAGUAGCGGCAAAGAAGAAGAACGAGGAGGACGAGGAGGACGAGAGUGAGGCGAGACAAGAUGCUGCCGAGAGCAAGGACAUGCUCGGCGACGAGGACAACGAGGACGUCAUCUUCUGA